UGACGUCUCGCGGAAGCGCAGCGUCGGCCAUGUUGUAAUAUUUGUUGUUGAACGCGCUUGUUUUCAACCUGAAGACGGGUUGCACGUGACCACAACCGGGACGGGCUAUGGACGCGGAUCUAGACUCCUGUACCGCGGUGAACGAGCGCGGGGAUGCGGAUGCCACCCUCCGAGCGGCGUGCUCGUCGAACGGAAGUGGCGACGAGGACGCCGAGGCCGAAACAGAAGCUCCUGGCCGGGAGGCGGGAGACCGACCCGGCAACCAGCACACCCAGAAGAGGAGCAUCCUGCUCGGUGGCAGAGAGCAGGAAGUGUCGGUGGAGAUCGGAGGAACCUAUUUGUGCCAACGAGCCGACAAAACAUGGCACGCAGCAGAAGUGAUCCAGUCUCGACUAAACGAGCAGGAAGGACGAGAAGAGUUCUACGUCCACUAUGUCGGGUUCAACAGGCGCCUGGACGAGUGGGUCGGCAAAGCACGUCUGGCGCUGACCAAGACGGUAAAGGACGCGGUGAGGAAGAGCGUGGAGGUGGGCGGCGUGGGAGACAUUGGCGAGCAGCCCGAGCGCAAGAUCACACGCAACCAGAAACGCAAACAUGACGAGAUCAACCACGUGCAGAAGACGUACGCCGAGAUGGACCCGACCACGGCGGCCCUGGAGAAGGAACACGAGGCGAUCACCAAGGUGAAAUAUGUGGACAAGAUCCAGAUCGGCAAUUUUGAGAUUGACGCCUGGUACUUCUCGCCCUUCCCCGAAGAUUACGGCAAACAACCCAAACUUUGGAUCUGCGAGUACUGCCUCAAGUACAUGAAGUACGAGAACACCUUCAGGCACCAUCUGUCCAACUGCCAGUGGAAGCAGCCUCCAGGCAAGGAGAUCUACCGCAGGAGCAACAUCUCCGUCUACGAGGUAGAUGGACGAGACCACAAGAUCUACUGUCAGAACUUGUGUCUGCUGGCCAAACUAUUCCUGGACCACAAAACGCUUUACUUUGACGUGGAGCCCUUCAUUUUCUACAUCCUCACCGAAGUCAACAAGCAGGGGGCGCACAUCGUUGGAUACUUCUCAAAAGAGAAAGAAUCUCCAGACGGUAACAACGUGGCCUGCAUCCUCACUCUGCCGCCGUACCAACGCCGCGGCUACGGCAAGUUCCUCAUCGCCUUCAGUUACGAGCUGUCCAAGCUGGAGAGCGCUGUGGGUUCGCCGGAGAAGCCGCUGUCCGACCUGGGCAAGUUGAGCUACCGCAGUUACUGGUCCUGGGUGCUUUUGGAGAUCCUCCGAGACUUUAGAGGGACUCUGUCCAUCAAAGACCUCAGCCAGAUGACGAGCAUCACGCAGAGCGACAUCAUCAGCACGCUGCAGUCGCUCAACAUGGUCAAGUACUGGAAAGGACAGCACGUCAUUUGCGUCACGCCCAAACUGGUGGAGGAGCACCUCAAAAGCGCCCAGUACAAGAAGCCGCCCAUCACUGUGGAUACGCUGUGCCUCAAGUGGGCGCCUCCCAAGAACAAGCAGGCCAAGCUGUCCAAGAAGUGACAUGAAGCCGCCAUCUGUGUAAAUAUGUGCCAUACAGUGUGUCUUGCUACUUUUUUAUAAUAAAGGAAAACAUUGUCA